CCCCAGAACGACAUCUAUAAGACCUACACCAUCGGGCCACCGUCCUCAACCAUGAGCAGCAAAGCAGCCCAGUCCUCUCCUCCUCCGCAAUCAUGGCUACCUUCAACGCCUCCGACGUGAACCUCCACACGGCGAGCAAGGAGGACGUGCUCUGCUACUACGCCAUCUCGGACAACGAGUACAACGGCCACCUGGGGGCGCGGAUCUCCUCCGUCUUCGUGAUCCUCUUCGUCUCGACCGCGUUCACCUUCUUCCCCGUGGUCUCCAAGGGCCUCCCUAGCUGGAAGAUCCCGCACAACGUCUACAUCUUCGCGCGCUACUUCGGCACGGGCGUCAUCCUGGCCACCGCGUUCAUCCACCUGCUGGACCCGGCCUACAAGCGCAUCGGCCCGAAGACGUGCGUCGGGGUCUCCGGCUACUGGGGCGAGUACUCGUGGUGCGCGGCCAUCGUGCUGACGGCCGUCGUGCUGAUCUUCCUCCUCGACCUGGCCGCCGAGGUCUACGUGGAGCACAAGUACGGCAUCGAGCGCGACGAGUCGGCCACGAGCGCCUUCAUCGCCCAGGACCCCUGUCCCUCCCUGCACAGCACCCACGACGUCGACCCGGAAGGGCGCAGCCGCAGCCGCAUCCCCGACGGAGAAAAACCCCUGCCUGCCACCUCCACCACCGCCUCGGCCUCAGCCUCCCCCGACGCCGACGCUGACGCGACCGAAAGGUCCUUCCGGCAGCAGAUCGCCGCCUUCCUGAUCCUCGAGUUCGGGAUCAUCUUCCACUCGGUCAUCAUCGGGCUGAAUCUGGGCGUGACGGGGUCCGAGUUCGCCACCCUCUACCCCGUGCUGGUCUUCCACCAGUCCUUCGAGGGGCUGGGCAUCGGCGCCCGGCUGUCGGCCAUCCCCUUCGCCCGGCACGCCAAGCUGCCCUACCUCCUCUGCCUGGCCUACGGGCUGACCACCCCGAUCUCCAUCGCGAUCGGCCUGGGCCUGCGCACGACCUACAACCCCAACUCGAAGGAGUCGCUGAUCAUCCAGGGCGUGUUCAACGCCAUCUCCGCGGGCAUCCUCAUCUACAGUGCGUUGGUGGAGCUGCUGGCCCGCGACUUCUUGUUCGAUCCCUGCCGCACGCGCCGGCGGUCCAAGUUGCUGUAUAUGGUGGGCUGUACGCUGUUGGGGGCGGGGAUUAUGGGGCUCAUUGGAAAGUGGGCGUGAGGGUGGAAGUUUGUCCGCUGGGACUAUAGUGGAGGAGGGUGGCUGUGGAUCAGUGUGUAUAAAAGUUACUAUAUGCGAUGGAAAAGUAACCCGGG